AUGAACUCACUCAAACCUUUAAGAUCUUUCAAUCCACAUUUAGUCGAAUACUUUAGAACUUCAAAUAUACCCAGAACACAAUAUGGUUUUAGAAAUAUAGUGAAACCUUCAGCUUGUCAAGAUUUACUAGAUAAGUUAAAGUUAACUGAAAAGUAUCCAAAUUCGCUGUCUUCCCUUGAUAUAAUAGAUGUAUUUCCAGGUUAUGGCUUAUUUUCUACCAUGUUAAAUCAUGAAUUAAAACCCAAGAACCACAUAGUACUUGAAAAUAAUAAGCUCAUAGCACAAAUGUGGAAAGAGAGAAUCAGCCAUCUCGAGGAAAAAACAAAUAAUAAAGAAAACUUCAGAUUAUAUGAGCAAGACGGAUACAUGUGGGAAACGUAUGAUAACUUGAUUCAGAAUGACAAGCUACUUCAGCCCAACUUUCAGACAAGAAAGGAUAUUAAUGAUGAGUUACUUAUAGUUGCGAAUUUGACUAUUUUGAAAUUUGGAGAACUGUUGUUAGCCCAAUGGUUGGCCUGCUGUGGAUUUGGGAAUUGGUUGCAAAAGUAUGGCAGAGUUAGAAUGAUCUGCUUUACAUUGGAAUCAACAGGUCAAAAGUUUAUGGCACAAGAAUCUUUUUCUAAAAGAAACAAGGCCGCAGUUAAAAGAGAAACAUUCACAGACUCAAAAAUCAUUGGAGUAACAGAGCCUCUUGAUGUUUCAGAUUGUAAUGGAGCUGGAUAUGACCCACGAGUGAUGAUAAAGGAUCAACCGGUAUUGAUACCAAGAAAAUCCGUGUUGCCUCCCAAUUCUACUUCAAUCACUGUAUUGGAAAUUGAACCUAGGAAUAUUGAGAUUGAUGAUAUUGAUGUUGAAAUGUUCGAAUUCUUUCUUAAAAAUUUCUUUGUGAAAAAGACAACUCCUGUAAAAGAAGGCCUAAAGUUUCUUGGCCCCGGUGCAGAUAUUGACAUUAUUCCCAAACUUAGAGAGGAAUUGGUGGAUAAGACUAUAAGAGACCUAACAAUGAGUGAGGUUUUAGAAGUUUACGAAGCAUUUAACAAGUGGCCAUUCAAGCCAUCAUACGAAGAUACAUUGGAUGUGGUAGAUUUUGAAGAUAGACGAUUUUGA